AUGUCUGACGCCAAGGUGAUAAACGACAUCAAGAAAAAGAUUGAAAGAGAGCAAAACAUUAUCAACUCUACAACGAAGAUCAAGGAAUCUACAAACAAUGUUGCUGUCAAGGAAAAAUGUAACAGCAGUAUAAGAGAAGCUACGCAAAAUUUGGAAUAUUUGCGCAAGACUUUGGAGGAGUUGUCAUUGAGAUCAGUUUCUUCAAAAGAUAGCGAUAGCUCAUCGCAAACUUUAGUGAACAGCCAGAACAAUCAUAAGCAUAAUCCCCCAAAUUUCACCGGUCUUGAUUUGAUUAAGUAUGACUGCCCAUCGUUAGGUCACAGAAUCCAGUAUAUGGUACACUUGAUGGAAUUCAAAUUGCAAAUUGAAAAUCAGUAUAAGGAGGCCAGUGAGAAAAUGCUCAAAUUAUAUCAGUCUGAUGCCGACAAAGUUUCUUCUACCGCUGCUUUAGGCGGGAGAAUUGAAAGUAAUAAGAAAAUUCCGUUACUUACCAGGUCUCUUAAAAGAUAUAGAGAUAUGCACAUUGAUAUUCUUGAUGUAAAGGAGGAAACCGAUUUGCUAAACGACCAAAGAGCCCGUGGUAAACCUCCAACUGGUAUCAUUACUAUAGGCAUUUCAAGUUUGAAAGAUAUUGAUCAUAUUGUCACUAACAGCAUUAUUGGUAAAAAGAGCGAAUCCAUCAUUUUAAUUAAAGUAGAUGAUGAAUUAAAGGUGAGAACCAAACCUUUCAAAAAUGGUAAAUUGCAAGAAAGCUUGCAGUUCCAGAUUAACGUUGCCAAAAAUAAUGAAAUUGAACUCAGUGUUUGUGACAGGGUUGGCGACCAGUUGAUCCCAGUGGCGAUUGUCUGGUUCAUGAUUGCUGAUAUUGUUGAAGAAUUAAGAAGAAAGAGAAAACAAUAUGAAAAUCACAAUAAUGGCUGGGUUAGUGCCUCUAAUAUGCCAACACAGCAUCCAAACCCACAAACAAGUAACUUUGGCGGUGGUUUUAACGCUCAUCAGUCACCAUUAAUUAAUGACUCCAGUAAUCACCCUCGAGGUGGCAAUGGCCAUGAUUCUCCAAUUUAUAGUGCUAAUACAAGUGCAGCAGCAGUUCCUAAUGAUAUUACUAGUACGGCAAGAUAUAUUUUGGAACCAAAUGGGCAAAUAUUAUUGACAUUCGGGUUUGUUAAAACGGACCAAAUCACAGGCAACAGAAUCCAGAAUAAUAAUUUGGAUGGCCUUGGUCGUCAUGGUGCUAUUAGGGAGAAAAAAGAGGCUACUUUCGAACAGCAUGGGCACCAUUUUGUUCAAAAAAAUACUUACAAUAUCAUGAUGUGUGCGUAUUGUGGAGACUUCGCCAGAUAUUCAUGCUAUCAAUGUCAAGAUUGUAGAUAUCUAUGUCACAAGAAGUGUUACAAAAAUGUCGUUACUAAAUGUAUUUCCAAAGCAUCUAAUGAAGUUGACCCAGAUGAAGCCAAGUUGAACCAUAAGAUUCCUCACAGAUUUGAGCCAGUUUCAAACAGAGGUACAAAGUGGUGUUGUCAUUGUGGUUAUAUUUUGCCAUGGGGUAAGAAGAACGUUAGGAAAUGUUCCGAAUGUGGUAUUAUGUGUCACUCAGGUUGUGCCCACUUGGUUCCUGACUUUUGUGGUAUGUCAAUGAUUAUGGCCAAUAAGAUUCUAGAAACCAUCAAACAUUCUGGAUCUAAGACGAAUUCCCCAGUCAAGAGUAAUUUUAGAUCACCUCAAAUGAGCCAACAACAGAUGAUACACCAGCAUGCGGUAUCUGGUUUUGGUGCUCAGGGAGGUCCUCAACAACUGCUUGUAUCUCAAGAGCCGGAUCAUUCACUCUCUAAGGACACAUAUGGUGAACCACAACAACAUAAUAGAUUCUCUUAUAUGGCUCCUCAACCAGAUUCUCACAAUAAUCAACAAACACCAAGCUUAAAAUCUGGCGGUCGUUAUUCUGAAGACACUACUGUAUCAUCUGGUAGCAGACCAAUCCCAGAAAUUAAGAUUGAUUCUGAUUUCGACAAAAGAUCUGAUUUCGGUGCCCAGAGCUAUCCAUAUCACGAUCCAACCACUAACUACGCUGAAAGUGGGAGUUUAAAUGAUAUGGCUAAUCCGUUUGAUCAAGAUCACUAUGGCACAGAUCUUACUCAUGAAGUUUCAAAUGACGCAUUUGAGAACCAGUAUCAACAACAAUCGCCAAUGGAUGUUAAAAAGGACCAAUACUAUGAUAAUUAUGGAACUGAGAAUAUGGACCAUAGAAUCUCCCAAAUUGAAUCAGGAAAUAAUUUUAUUGAAGAAAGACCGUCAGAUGAAUUUUCCAGCAACCUUUAUAAUGAUUCUAGAGUUGAACCAUUAGUCUUGGAAAAGAGACAGUCUCAAUUACCAUAUCCAAUAGACGAUAUGGAAGAUAAAAUUCCAGAUGAACCAGAAGAUAUUGUUAUUCCAAAGCCAAAGAAAGAAAAACUGCGUCGCCGCAAGGUUGGUUUGGACGAUUUCCAAUUCUUGGCAGUGUUGGGUAAGGGUAACUUUGGUAAAGUUAUGUUAGCCGAAUCUAGACACACCAAGAAGCUAUGUGCUAUUAAAGUGUUGAAGAAAGACUUUAUUCUUGAAAAUGAUGAAGUAGAGAGUACCAAGUCUGAGAAGCGGGUAUUUUUGAUCGCUAAUAAGAAGAGACAUCCAUUCUUGAUCAACUUGCAUUGUUGUUUCCAAACCGCCAACAGAAUUUAUUUUGUAAUGGAAUAUAUUUCUGGUGGUGAUUUGAUGUGGCAUAUCCAAAAGGCUAGAUUUUCUCAAAGAAGAGCCCAAUUUUAUGCUGCAGAAGUAUUAUUGGGUUUGAAAUAUUUCCAUGAUAAUGGGGUAAUUUACCGUGAUUUGAAGUUGGAUAAUAUUUUAUUGACUACAGAAGGGCAUAUCAAGAUUGCUGAUUAUGGUUUGUGUAAAGAAGAGAUGUGGUUUGGUAAUACCACCUCCACUUUCUGUGGUACUCCGGAAUUCAUGGCACCAGAAAUUUUGAAAGAACAAAAGUAUGGUAAAGCCGUUGACUGGUGGGCGUUUGGUGUGUUAUUAUACCAAAUGUUGUUGGGUCAAUCCCCGUUCAGAGGUCGCGACGAAGAAGAAAUUUUCAACGCCAUUUUGACCGAUGAUCCAUUAUACCCAAUUCAAAUGGCCAGAGAGUCAGUCGAAAUUUUACAGGCUUUGUUAACUAGAGACCCAAGCCAACGUCUUGGUUUUAGUCCAAGAGACGCCGAAGAAGUGAUGGAACAUCCAUAUUUCAGAAACAUCAAUUUUGACGAUAUUUUGAGCUUGCGUAUUGAUCCACCAUAUUUGCCUGAGGUUAAAUCCGAGCAUGAUGUGUCUAAUUUCGAUGACGAAUUUACUGCUGAAACCCCACGCUUGACCCCAGUCAACUCGACUUUGGAUUCUUCUAUGCAAGAAAAGUUUAGAGGGUUCUCGCAUAUGAGCAGUGAAUUUGCUAUUUAA